GAGGGAAGGGGGGCCCGGAGAGGGCAGGCGGCGGUGGCGCCGGUCUGGUCCAGCCAGGCCGGGCGAAGCCGAAGCGCGGGGCCGGGCGGGGCCGGGGCUCCCGCGCCGCUCCCGCCAUGUCCUCGUUCUCGGAGUCGGCGCUGGAGCGGAAGCUGUCGGAGCUGAGCAACUCCCAGCAGAGCGUCCAGACGCUGAGCCUGUGGCUCAUCCACCACCGCAAGCACGCUGGGCCGAUCGUCACCGUCUGGCACCGCGAGCUCCGUAAGGCAAAGUCCAGUAGAAAGCUUACCUUCCUCUACUUGGCAAACGACGUCAUCCAGAACAGUAAAAGGAAGGGACCUGAGUUUGCAAGGGAAUUUGAAUCUGUUCUUGUGGAUGCUUUUUCACAUGUUGCCAGGGAGGCAGACGAGGGCUGCAAAAAGCCCUUGGAACGAUUGCUGAACAUCUGGCAAGAAAGGAGCGUGUAUGGCAGCGAAUUCAUACAGCAGCUGAAACUGUCCAUGGAGGACUCUAAUAGUCCCCAACCGAAAGUUACAGAAGAAAAGAAGUCACUGAAGCGGACGUUUCAGCAGAUCCAAGAAGAGGAAGAUGAUGACUACCCUGGGAGCUACUCCCCGCAGGAUGCCAAUGCCGGGCCCCUUCUGACCGAGGACUUGGUCAGAGCCCUGCAAGACCUGGAAAAUGCAGCAUCCGGAGAUGCCGCAGUCCGGCAGAAAAUCGCCUCUCUUCCCCAAGAGGUCCAGGAUGUGUCGCUGCUGGAGAAGAUUACAGACAAAGAGGCAGCGGAACGCCUUUCGAAGACCGUGGACGAGGCAUGUUUGCUGCUUGCGGAGUACAAUGGGCGGCUGGCAGCAGAGCUGGAAGACCGUCGCCAGCUGGCGCGCAUGCUGAUCGAGUACACGCAGAACCAGAAGGACGUGCUGACAGAGAAGGAGAAGAAGCUGGAGGAGUACAAGCAGAAGCUUGCUCGGGUAACUCAGGUCCGCAAAGAGCUGAAAUCCCAUAUCCAGAGCCUGCCAGACCUGUCGCUGCUGCCGAACGUGACGGGGGGGCUGGCGCCCCUGCCUUCUGCCGGAGACCUUUUCUCAACUGACUGAGGCCCUCGCGGGGGCCUGCAUUCCUCCCCUGCCCAGUUCCCGGUCACAGCACCAGAACACCUCACGACGGUCGGAGAUGGAAGGAGCAGAAAGAGACCUUCGCUGGACGCUCCCCAGCCAAGAGCGGGGCCCGUUGGCACGACGAGAUGGCCGGACCCUCUCUUGAAAGGAGGCAGCCUCCUCAUGUUUGGCAACAAUCCAUGUUUACUUCGCUUCCCCCGUAGCAUCUCCACUUUCCACACGGCCCAUGGGAAUCAUGUGUGUCUGCUUCCAAGAGUUUUCAACAAAAAAAUGGGUUGAUUUAUGCUUUGCUUUCUUCCCUGUGUAAAAAUCCGGGGGGCUUCCAAAUUGGUUUGGUGUGUGCCAAGCCUUCUUCCUGGACUUCACAAUUCUGGAGUGUGCGUGGCACCACAGUGUAAGGAAGGGGGUGUGGGAGCAGCUGCUGCUCGCUCGUGGCCUGCUGGCGUGGGGUCCCGGGACCACAGGCGACCAAAGAUGGGCUCUUGUGACCGAGACCUGAGUGCCGCUCCCCUGGGCAGUGCUGCUGUUCCUCGUGGGUCGGAGCAAGUCUGCUUUGCUCGGGCCACCCUGCAGCGAGCGCCCAGAUGCACUCGGGUCGAGUCAUCCGGCUUCCAGGGGGAAAUUUGCAACGGUCCUCCGAAGGCUCCGCAGCCUCGCUAGACGGGUUGUAUUGCUAGCUGGUAGAGAAUGGGCGGAAGCCGGAAGGAGGUUGUCGGUGGCCACGUUAAGGAGCGCCACUCGAGAAGUGCUUGAACUGGAUCGUGUCCUUUGCAGGUCUCUCCUCUCCUGUUCUCCUCCUCUGCCAAGUCAGCAGCAACUGCACUUCCGCAGCACCUUUCCCACCCCUGGUGUGCUCCAGAUGCGUCGGACUGCUAUGCAAUGCGCCCGGGGGAUGCUGGGGUGUGCAGUCCUCGCCUGGAGGGCACAAGGCUGGGGAAGGGUGCUGAAGAGGAGGAAGACUUUUUCACCUUCCUGUUGGACAGUUUGCUUGGAGGGGGUGGGGGGAUUCGGGAGAAAAGCCUGCUGCUGUUCAAGCAACUGAAGGCCACCCCCCCACCCCACCCACCCCCCACACACACAUACUCUAAUCCUUCAGGAAGGGGCAGUCCCUUGGCUCUCCUUUCCAGAAUGCAGACCCUUGCGCUCCUGGGGGUGGGUACUGCAAAAUCCCCCUAUUACAGCGCAUUUCUUCUCAAAGCAGUGUGGGGUUCCUUUGCCUUGUCUUCCCCUUUGGGAUUUUGGGUUUUACUCCGUGGACACAGAAAGUGCCUCCUGGAUCGUCACAGCUGAGGCAAAAAAGUCUCCACGCAAGACCCUUUUCCCUCCACGGAUCAUGGGGUGAUGGGGAGAGCCACACCAUGCAUCCCAAACAGCAGCACAAUUCCAGCAAUCCAUGUGUUUCCCUUUCCUUUCGCUUCAUGUGGCGGAAGCUCGUGCAUCUGGCUUGCUUCCAAAGGCUGGGGAGGGCAGGUGCUUGUGCUGGGCACGGAGGGCUCUGUGUGGUCUUGCUGAGAACAGACCCAUAAUCUUGCCCCGAGACAUUUUCCUAAAUCUGUAUAUGUAUUGAUCUAGAAAUAAAUUUAGAGCUAUAGGCUGCCAUUUUAGCAGCAGUAUAUUCUGAAAUGUUGCAUAAAUAUAUUUUUGAAUAAAGAGGGUGUCAUUCAA